CUUAUCCUCCACGGCUCACCUCCUUCUACGACAGCAAGAGCGAAAUCAUCUCUCCAUUCUCCAAACGAGCUGACCCCCAUCAAACGGCGUGCGUCAAGACGAAUUAUGCCAACUACUAGCGUCUAUGCCAAGCCCUUGUCUCACCUUCCUGCAAGACAAGGCAAGUGAACGAAACAUUGACCAUCCAGGUUCAGAAGGAAAGAUAGAUCAGAAGUGAGGAUUAAGAUGCUUAGCAAACAAAAUAAUCCGCGAGGCCAGAGGAGUGCUGAUGGAACAGGCGAGCCUAGUCUGUACCUUGGGAUAGACUUUGGAACUUCAGGUGCCAGAUAUGCUCUUGUCGAUCAGCAAGGGGCCAUCCAUUCUGAAGGCAAAAUAACUUACCCUCAUGUUGACAAAGUCACGAAUUGGGCAAACUCCUGGAAAGAAGCUCUCUUCCAUCUUCUCAGUGAUAUCCCGUCCAUUUAUCGGCCAUCCAUCUCUUCCAUUUCAAUUGAUGGGACUUCAGCUACCACGCUUAUCAUCAACAGUAGGAACAAUGGAGAGCUUCUUGCUGGCCCAUUCCUUUACAACGAGAGCUUCACAGACGCGCUGCUCACCGUCGAAUCGAUUGCCCCAGCAAAUCACACGGUUUGUUCUGGUUCGUCCACCCUGUGCAAGCUCGUGUCAUGGUGGAAUUCGAGUUCAGCAGGCUUGAGAAGCAGGGAUUCAGCGAUACUGAUGCAUCAGUCAGACUGGUUGCUCUGGCUUUUGCAUGGACAGUAUGGCGUUUCUGAUUACAACAAUACGCUCAAGGUAGGCUAUGAUCCAGAGACGGACGCCUACCCAAGUUGGUUGAUGUCACAGCCAUAUGCAUACAUGUUGCCCUCUGUCAGAGCACCCGGAGCUCCAAUUGGCUCAAUCAAAGAGGAUGUACGCGCACAGUUAGGAUUUCCCGAUCACUGCGUGGUCUGUACCGGAACAACGGAUAGCAUAGCUGCGUUUCUUGCAGCCCGCACGACAACGCCCGGAAAAGCCGUGACGUCGUUGGGCUCGACUCUGGCGAUCAAGCUGGUGAGCAGCGUCCGCGUGGACGACGCGCGGUUCGGCGUGUACAGCCAUCGUCUGGACGACAUGUGGCUGGUGGGCGGCGCGUCCAACACCGGCGGCGCCGUCCUCAGGCAACUCUUCAACGACGAGCAGCUCGUUGUUCUCAGCAAGGAGAUCGACUCAUCGAUUCCUUCCCCGCUCGAUUACUACCCUCUGCCCAAGCCAGGGGAAAGGUUCCCGGUCUCCGACCCCAACAUGAUGCCAAGGCUGCAGCCUCGGCCGGAGAGCGACGCAGCGUACUUGCAUGGCAUACUCGAGUCGAUCGCGCGGAUCGAGGCGAAGGGGUACAGUCUGCUGAAAGAGCUCGGCGCGAGCGCGGUGGAGGAGGUGUUGACGGCGGGUGGAGGAUCACAGAACGAAAAGUGGACGGCGAUCCGGGGGAGGGUGCUCGGCGUGCCGGUGAAGAAGGCGGAGCAGACUGAGGCCGCAUACGGGGCUGCGUUGCUAGCACUCAAGGGUGCUACUACCACGCACUAAAGAAGACCACAGUCCGUAGCACGGCCCGGGAUAUUUAUGAAUCGCUUAAUUGAAUGAUAUAUAUAUACUUCUUACUGUCUGUGUC